CUAGUUAGAACACAAGUGGGCAUAUUGGAACGCAGUAGUAGUGAGUAGUUGUGGUUUGCCAGCCCUCAGAGAGCCUUAAAUAUUUCGUAUUUAAACGGCCAUUGGUGCGGUUCCCAGCGGUUUGUUCGCAUACUGCAGAUUAAAAAUAACGAAAAGGCCUAUAUGAAGCUUGUUGGCAUUAACGAAAAAGCAGCAGUUUGGUCGCUAUGCCGAGCAGUUCGUCAGCCUCGGUUCGCCUCAGCAGUCCUCUAGUAUGUUUACAUGCACCUCGAGCUGGACUCGUGGACGCUGCUGUAGAUCAUUUAAUGGUCAGAAAAGAUUUUCAAGCCGCGUUUGACACGUGUGAGAAAGGACUGGGAAGUUUAAUGAAUUCGGAUGAGCAAGAAGAAACCUGUUUCAGACAUGGAGAGUUGAAAGCAGCACUUUGUAUAGUUGGAAUUCAAGCUUUGGCUGAGCUUAACCAGUGGCGUGAUGUCCUUACAUGGGUCUUGCAGCACUAUGGCGAAACAGCGAAAAUUCCUGCAAAAAUCAUGCAGAUGUGUAUUCUUCUCUACUUCAAAGUGGCCGAGCAGGCAGAAGUGCAGGAAAUGGUCCGAACAUGGCUGCACUGCUCCAGUAACAUGAGUCAGUCAGGUUACAGUAGUGUUGCAGAGCUUUACAUUCUUCAUGUUCUGCUGCCACUUGGCCAAACCACUGAAGCCAUAGAACUGCUGGAGGAUGAAGUGGGACAGGUUGCCUUUACUGAAGACCAGAGACAGACUGCACUCGCCGUAGUGGAGAAUUAUGAUGCCAAAAAUGAGCCCCAUUCAUAUACAGUCUCUGAAUCUGUCUGUGUGCAGGCAGAAGCUAGAGGCAGCGUUACUACUCUGCAAGGUUCGCUGGUCCGGCGGUUGAACUCUGUUGUGAGAUUGUUGUACAGAGCCCUCUCCACAGUCAGCACUAACAUCAGGUCCCGCUGUCUUCGCAGAGCUUUUCUGCUUCUGCUGCUGCUGUAUCUGUUGCUCAUACGCAUGGACCCAGCUUUGCCCUCAGCUUUUCCAUGGAUCCUUCGGCUUUAUGGACUCUUCCAGCAGAUGUGGAAUACCAUGUUUGGACCUUACUACAGGGCUUUAUCCUGAAAGCAAGAUUUGCACACCAUCACCUAAAAUAAAAACAGCACUUAAAUACUGUCUGAGAGUGCUUAGGAUGAAUACAGGGAUAUGUAAGCUUGAGUGUGCUUGCAAGGAAUGAGAACUGAACAACAGUCAAAUUUCACUAGUCAGCAGUGUCUACAUGCAGAAACAAGUGAAAUGUAUGGACAUUUACUACAGUGUUCUUAAGGAUUUCAAACACUUUGAAGUUUUGCAGCAAUCAGAAAGAUGUAGAUUUUAUUGGAUAGGCUUUUGUUCAUAUAGCAGUGUAUAAAAUUACAUUGUCACUAAAUACUGUUUUUGUAUGAAACAUUCCA